GAUCCACUAUCUUCUUUCCGUGAUUGGCCAAGAGGUGUUCAAGGGGUGUGAGACGUGGAGGGGGCCCAAGGUCUUUCUCGCAUCCGGCUUCACCUAUUCCCUUCGUGCCACAAGCCUCCAAGUAUUAGGUUUUCAUACACUGCGUACAGUACGGUUUGAAAUGUGACUCAAAAUAAGCACUGGUGGAAUACUAUUCUGUGGCAGCUGAAGGACUUGUGUUUACACCUUUUUGAAAGGGAGAGGAAAGGCAGACCACCUUUGCCAUGCCAGUGGAUUUGUUUGCGAUUUUAUGCGUGAUUGCUACGGUUUACGCAGUGGAAGAGACAGUGAUGGACACGCGGACGGCCACAGCAGAGCUGGGUUGGAUAGCGUAUCCUGCCUCUGGGUGGGAGGAGGUGAGUGGUUACGAUGAGAACCUCAACACCAUCAGGACCUACCAGGUGUGUAACGUGUUCGAGCCUAGCCAGAACAACUGGCUCCUUACCACCUACAUCGACAGACGAGGGGCUCAGCGUGUCUAUGUGGAAAUGCGUUUCACUGUCCGUGAUUGCAGCUCCAUCCCCAGUGUCCCUGGCUCCUGUAAGGAGACCUUCAACCUCUACUACUACGAGACGGACUCGGUCAUCGCCACCACCAAGGGAACCGCCUUCUGGAUGGAAGCCCCCUACCUGAAGGUGGACACCAUUGCGGCUGACGAGAGCUUCUCCCAGGUGGACUUCGGUGGACGAUUGAUGAAGGUCAACACGGAGGUGCGGAGCUUCGGCCCACUGUCUCAUAAUGGUUUCUACCUGGCCUUCCAGGACUACGGGGCCUGCAUGUCUCUGCUGUCCGUACGUGUCUUCCAUAAGAAGUGCCCCAGCGUGGUGCAGAACUUUGCCAACUUCCCCGAGACCAUGACGGGCGCCGAGAGCACCUCCUUGGUCAUUGCCAGAGGCACGUGCAUCGCUAACUCAGAGGAGGUGGAUUUUCCCAUCAAGCUGUACUGCAAUGGAGAUGGGGAGUGGAUGGUUCCCAUCGGGAGCUGCACCUGCAAGGCUGGCUUUGAGCCAGACAACGGCAACGUCUGUAGAGCGUGUCCCCAAGGGACGUUCAAGUCCACCCAGGGGCCAGGGCUGUGUAUGCAGUGCCCCCCCAACAGCCGCUCCACUGUGGAGGCUGCCACUAUCUGCGGCUGCCGUAACGGAUACUACAGAGGAGACAUGGACCUGCCCGAGGCCUCCUGCACCAGUGUCCCCUCUGGUCCCAGAAACGUCAUCUCCAUCGUUAACGAGACCUCGGUGAUCCUGGAGUGGCAUCCUCCAAGGGAGACUGGCGCCCGUGAUGAUGUCACCUACAACAUCGUGUGCAGGAAGUGUCGUGCAGACCGGCCAUCAUGCUCCCAUUGUGAUGACAACGUGGAGUAUGUACCCAGGCAGCAGGGUUUAACCGAGACCAGGGUGUUCAUCAGUAACCUGUGGGCCCACACCCCCUACACCUUCGAGAUACACGCUUUCAAUGGAGUCACCAACAAGAGUCCCUACCCUGCUCAGCACGUGUCCAUCAACAUCACCACUAACCAGGCUGCUCCCUCCAUGGUUCCCAUCAUGCACCAGGUUAGCUCCACCAUGAAGAGCUUCACGUUGUCAUGGCCACAGCCAGAGCAGCCCAAUGGAAUCAUCCUGGACUAUGAACUGAGGUACUACGAGAAGGACCACACUGAGUUGAAUUCGACCGUGGUGCGCAGCCAGACCAACACUGCCCGUGUGGAGGGCCUGAGGCCAGGCAUCAUGUACAUGGUACAGGUCCGUGCCAGGACGGUGGCAGGCUUCGGCAAAUACAGCAGCAAGCAGUUCUUCCAAACCCUGACAGAUGAUGAGUAUAAAUCAGAGCUAAGGGAGCAGCUGCCUCUAAUUGCAGGCUCAGCGGCUGCAGGAGUGGUCUUCCUGGUGUCCUUGGUGGCCAUCUCCAUCGUCUGCAGCAGGAAGAGAGCGUACAUGAAGGAGACUAUAUACAGCGACAAACUGCAGCACUGCAGUACAGGCAGAGAACACUCUCUGAGACCGGACAUGUCCAGCUGUCCCUCCCCCAUGGCAUGCCCCACCCACUUCUCUGGCUCGCCAGCGAUGAAGAUCUACAUCGAUCCCUUCACCUACGAGGACCCCAACGAAGCCGUCCGAGAAUUUGCCAAAGAGAUAGACGUAUCCUGUGUGAAGAUUGAGGAGGUCAUUGGUGCAGGCGAGUUUGGAGAGGUGUAUAAGGGUCGCCUGAAACCGUCUGGGAAGAGGGAGCUGUACGUGGCCAUUAAGACCCUGAAGGCGGGCUACGUGGAGAAGCAGAGAAGAGACUUCUUGUCUGAGGCCAGCAUCAUGGGCCAGUUUGACCACCCCAACAUCAUCAGACUGGAGGGCGUGGUCACCAAGAGUCGGCCAGUCAUGAUUAUCACAGAGUUUAUGGAGAAUGGGGCCCUGGACUCCUUCCUGAGGCAAAAUGACGGGCAGUUCACAGUGAUCCAGCUGGUGGGGAUGAUGCGUGGCAUCGCGGCGGGCAUGAAGUACCUGGCAGAGAUGAACUACGUCCACAGAGACCUGGCCGCCCGCAACAUCCUGGUCAACAGCAACCUGGUGUGUAAGGUGUCCGACUUUGGCCUGUCCCGUUACCUACAGGACGACACAUCAGACCCCAUCUAUACCAGCUCCCUGGGAGGGAAGAUCCCGGUGAGGUGGACAGCCCCUGAGGCUAUUGCCUACAGGAAGUUCACCUCAGCCAGUGACGUGUGGAGCUAUGGCAUCGUCAUGUGGGAGGUGAUGUCAUUUGGUGAGCGGCCAUACUGGGACAUGAGCAACCAGGACGUGAUCAAUGCCAUAGAGCAAGACUACCGUCUGCCCCCUCCCAUGGACUGCCCCACAGCACUACACCAGCUGAUGCUGGACUGCUGGCAGAAAGACAGAAACGCCCGGCCCAAAUUCACUGACAUCGUCAACACACUGGACAAGAUGAUCCGCAACCCUAUCAGCCUCAAAGCUGUGGCCACCAUCACUGCAGUGCCUUCUCAGCCCCUGCUAGACCGCUCCAUUCCAGACUUCACCACCUUCACCUCUGUGGAGGACUGGCUAGGUGCCAUUAAGAUGGGGCAGUACAGAGACACUUUCCUGGGCUCUGGCUUCACCUCCCUACCCCUGGUGGCUCAGAUCAGCUCAGAAGACCUGUUGAGGAUAGGAGUGACCCUGGCCGGCCAUCAGAAGAAGAUCCUGAGCAGUGUCCAGUCUAUGAGGGACCAGAUGGCCCAGUCCCCCACCUCCAUGGCCUGACCACAGGGUGCGCCACCACCACCCAGAGACAACCCACCAGGGAGCCCAUAGGAAAACUCCUGAUGACCCUAAAGAAUACACUAGGGUGGAGACACUAACCUGAUUUAAAGAACGACCAUGUGGCACAUACAUAACAGCAUGCCCGCUCCCAACACACACUCUCCACACCUAGGUAAAGAGAGUUAACCGAAGAUACAAAGGGGUAGAGGAUAAGAUUCUGCCUCAGGACAACUUCAAUGGUUCAGUUAAGGUAGUCUAUAAAGUUGGCUUCUUUUUUGCUGAAGAAGAGAGCAAGCGAAUGAGAAAGGGUGUCUGUUUGCUUGCUAUGACAGAUGGUCAUAAAAUGCUAAAAGAAAAUAUAUUUUAAAAAACGGUGCUACUUUAUGAGGAUCAAUAGGUUGACUUGGCCAAAGGACAACAUCAAACAGUGUCACCCAGAUUGGAAAAACAAACAAAAGGGUACAGAACUAGUCAAAGGUUUGGAGACACCUACUCAUUCAAGGGUUUUUCUUUAUUUUGUACUAUUGUCUCCAUGUCACGCCCUGACCUUAGAGAUCCUUAUUAUU